AUGGGAAUUUCAUGGGAGAAGGUAGUGGUUGCUAAAAAGUAUAUGUACUGCCAUGAAAACGUAGUGAAAUGGAAUGAUUCUGCUGGUGAAGAAGCAUUCAAUAAUGCAAAAAACCGAUUUUGGGCAAAGAUUAAUGGCUUCCCAUGUGAAUACCCUCUGCCUGAUCCAAACAUGUACAUUGAUGAAAUUGAUUGGUAUCCAGACAUAGAUCCUGAACUGAUGCUGGAGUUGGAUCGUGAAUAUUUCAAUCCUGAUGAAGCAGAAAAACAUAAGAAGGUGGGGAAAAUCAAUCAAAAGGCUCACAACUCUGUCCCUGGCUGCACUAUAAUAUGGAAUGAUGUGAAUCCAAGUAAUGGGGACAAUCCUUGGGAAUGUAGGCUGGUGCAGGGUACUGGAACUGCAAAGAACAAAACAGAAGGUUGGGACAAGUGGGAUAAAGAAAUGAAUUUGCAGACCUUUCAAAAUCCUUGGGAGAAGAAGUGCACUCAAGGUGAUGAAGCUUCAAAGGACAAUGCAUGGCGAGCUUGUGGGAAUGAGUUACGGGGUUGGAAUGAGGGCCUAAACUCUGCUAGACAGAGUGUUGGAUCUUUAAAGGAAAAGGGAUGGGGAGGUGUUGGAAAUAAUUCUCGGGCUUCGAACCAAUGGGAGACCAGCGUGCGCGAGUCGAAGAAGUUGGACAAUGGUGGCACUCAUUUGGAAAAUAAGUUUACUCAGGCUAGAGGAGCUCCGAACAAUAGAGGAUGGAGAGAUUGCCGGAAUGAUUCCUGGGGUUGGAAGCACUGGGAGAAUCUAAAUGAACCAAAACAUUUAGAUUCUCGAAGACUGAAUGCAGAUGGUGGAUAUCUGGAUCGUGGAUGCCGGAAGCGAGCAGGCCCUCAGCAGCAUGCACUGAGUCACAAGACCUCGAGGUUUCGAGGUGAUGAUUAUGGGAUAGGUGAUCACUGGAGGGAGGGAAGAACCCAGAAGGGGGUCAAUUUUGUAUUUCAGUAA